AAAUGCGUCCAAAUGGUCGGACAUUUGGAGGCAUGUGCUCAAGCAAGAGAACAAAAACGCAGGGAGUAGAACGAAUAUUGUUGUUCAUCAGCCAUGAGCGGCGGAACACCCUAUAUUGGUAGUAAAAUAGGAUUGGUGUCCAAGGCCCAAAAUCGUUAUGAAGGUAUCUUGUAUACUAUUGACACGGUGAAUUCAACGGUGGUCUUGGCCAAAGUGAGGUCGUUUGGAACUGAAGGAAGACCCACAGACAGGCCAACACCACCUAAAGAUGACAUAUAUGAAUAUAUCAUUUUCCGAGGAAGUGACAUCAAAGACAUCACCUUGUGUGAGCCUCCAAAGUCUCACCAUGGCCUUCCCCAGGAUCCUGCUAUAGUGCAGUCCUCCCUAGGCACCUCUUCUGGCUCCUAUUCUGCUCAGGGACCAUUCAGUCCAUUCAGGAUGCCGUCAUACAACCAACUCGCAGCCAGCUCUCUGCUUAACCAACAGUAUGCUGCUGCACUUGGCCUUGGUCCUGGACUGCAAGGCCCUCAAGUGAGAAGAGGUCCUAUGGUAGAGCAGGCGGUUCAGACUGUACCUGCAGACAAGGCCAGGCAGAAGAGGGGCUCAACUAUAUCCCAAGACCAGGGCAGGGGGACCAGCAGGCCCCAGCGAGCAAGAGAGGGGGCGAGCUCACAGACUCUGAGAGGCUCUGGGCAAACGGGUGGGGCAGAUCAGCGCAGAACAUCUCAAGUACACAAUGAGGGCAAUGAUGAAAACCAACCCCCACCACGAAAGAGACAAGGAGCUCGUAGGUCCAGGAACCGAGGCAGGGGUCAGCUCCUCGUGGGAGGCUCCAAGCCUAGCACCCUGAAGUUUGAGACAGACUUUGAUUUUGAUUCUGCAAAUGCUCGGUUCAGCAGGGAGCUGGAGAUGGAGCUGCAGGACAAGUUGAACAUAAAAGAUGAUGGGGAGGAGACGCAGGACCCAAAAACGGACACGCCAAUCAUUGAGAAGACUAUGGCUGAGGAUCCAUUUGGGCCCAAAUGCUACUAUGACAAAGCAAAGUGUUUCUUUGAUAACAUCUCGUCAGAUAACAAACCCAGAAGAACUACCUGGGCAGAGGAGCGGAAGCUUAAUGUGGAGACUUUUGGGGUUCCUGGUCGGUUCCUGAGGGGCCGUGGUUUCCGUGGGGGCUUCCGUGGACGCAGAGGACAGGGGUCUGCACAGCGUCUGCCUUCUGUGAGAGCUGGGAGUGGGAGGCUGUGAGCUUUGGCCCUUUAGACCAUCUUUUAUGGUCUUGUAUGUUUAUCCAUACAUACUUUUUGUUUAAGAAUUAUUAGAAGUAUUAUUAUCUACAGCAUUUUCACCAUCUAAUUUGACCAGUAACUUAAAAUAUUUUGAUUUGACCACAGUACAGUGUUGCAUAACAAGUGAGUGUUUAAUGUACAUUGUUAUACGUAUUUUGCUUUACUUUAGAAUCUGCCAAUGCUUUUUAGUAUUUGCAGACUGUCAGCACUUACUAAAUAAGUAUACAUAGUGGUGGUCAUCCUAAUGUAGUGUAGUUGGUGAUUGAAUUUUGUGUUGAUGUAAAUAAUGUGCAAAUAACUUAAUAUAGAUAAACUAUUCUGCCUUAAAGACUAAUUCCCAUGUAGAGAUUUGUUUUCUAUAAUUUGGGAAAAUUGAGUGAAAUCUACGAUUAAACAUGGGAUAUUGCUAA